GCAAUAUUUCAUAUCUCCACGCUUUGUUGUGGUUCAGAGUGAAGUGUCUUUCUUUAAUAAACAAUCUUUGGACAUUGAGGACGCGGUGUAAAACAUGGCUGACCAUUCAACAAAACGUGAAAAUAAUGUAGCUGCAUCGGAUGAAUUAUCUCCAAAAGCUAAGAAGACAAAAACGGAGCAUGAAAAUGAUCGAGGAGAAAAUGGAAAUGAAUCUGGGAAAAGUGUCCUAUCAGGUUUUCAAACCGCUUCCGUUUUGAGUGAUUCUGCUAGGGAGAAAACCAUCUUCGUCCACGGAAAGCUUGCCGACCAGAAUGCUGUUGUCAUCCUGGAAAAGACACCCAUUAGAGAAGAAGCCCUGUCUGAAAUAUUCACUGCUUCGACCCUGGAGUUAGAUCUAAGGAAUGACAUUUACAGCACCUACCGUCUCCUGGCUCCACCUCACCUUAAUGAGAUCAAGGCGACUGUGGUAUGUCCAGCCACUGAUAAGCAUGUGAAGAAAUACCAGCGUCAGGAAAGCUUCCUGGUGGACGAGACUGCGGAUGACUAUGAGUCCAUCACGCUUCCUUUCAUUCAGAAGCAGAGUUUCAGUGUGCAGUGGGUAUAUAACAUCUUGGAGAAGAAGGCAGAGUCUGAGCGGAUAGUGUUUGAAGACCCAGACCCAAUGCUUGGUUUUGUCCUACUCCCGGACUUCAAAUGGGACCAGAAACAGGUGGAUAAUUUGUACCUGAUCGCUAUCACACAUCAGAGAAACAUCAAAAGUCUGAGAGACCUGACAUUGGAGCACUUACCACUCCUUCAAAACAUUUUACAGAAAGGAAAGGAGGCCAUCCUGCAACGCUACAGCCUCCCAGCCAGCAAGCUGAGAAUCUACUUGCACUACCAGCCUUCUUACUACCACCUUCAUGUCCACUUCACCAAGCUUGGCUAUGAGGCGCCGGGUUGCGGAGUAGAACGUGCCCACCUCCUCACAGAUGUCAUCCAGAACCUACAGUCCAAUCCACGUUUUUAUAAAACCAGGAGUCUAUCCUUCCCGCUGCGGGCAGAUGAUGGACUGCUCAGUCAAUUUAGAGAAGCCGGGAGAUUGUAAUGAUCCACCUGCUCAUAGACACAGUUUUUCCGAUCUAUUUUUGUAUGUUGAUCAUUUGUAAUUCAAAACUGUUCGCUCACUGGUGAGCAUGUACUUUUUAGCGGCAAAAAAUGUUUUUAUGUAACAGUUUGUUUUGUUCCACCUAUCCAUCCAUCAUGUAACACUUAAUCCGGGGGCGGGUCGCGGGGGCAGCAGCCCCAGCAGGGAAGCCUAGACCUCUCUCUCCCCAGCCACUUCAACCAGCUCCUCCGGUGGGAUCCCAAGGCAUUUCCAGGCCAGCCGAGAGACAUAGUCUCUCCAGUGUGUCCUGGGUUGUUCACAGGUCAUGUUUUGUUAUCUAGGCAAAUUCAUCGUGUAUGAAAACCUCAGGGCGGUUUCACACUAGCACGAGUUAUUUUUCUCAGUCUGCUUCUUUUUGUAAUGGAAUAAAUAGCUUCUGUGCCUAUUUGUUUUCUAUAGUUGCAGUUUUUGAACAUCUGUAUCUCAUAUAACUAAUGAUUCUAUUCAUCUUUGAAUAAAAAAUCAGUUUUGUACAUACUGAGGAAUGGAGAUAUUCAGUUUAAAAGUAUCUGCAAAUUGGACCUUUCAAAUCAUGUAAUGUUUUUCUAAUUGAAAGAUUUCAAGCGAAUUCGUGCUUAUUUUCUUAUUUCUUAUGUUUGUUUUGUUUGUUGUUGUUGUUUUUUUUUAAUAAAAUGUGCUAC